AACCAUUGGGCACCAACCCUCCUACCCCCAUUACUCCUUUAUAUACAUAAUUCAUUUCCCUCCUUCACUCUCAUCUUAUCUCAACAUAAUCAAAACUAUGGCUAAUCUUGUUAGUAUCUCAAUCUUUACUACUCUUCUUGCAGUAUUACUUGCUUCAUUCACCAAAUCUUUCUAUUCCCUCCCUUUGCUUCCUCUUCUUCUUUACUUCUUUCACUCCAUUUUCAAAUCUUCCAUUAAACUCCCCCCUUCUCCCUUCUCCAUUCCAAUCUUUGGCAACUGGCUCCAGGUCGGCAAUGACCUCAACCAUCGCUUUCUUGCUUCCCUCGCGCAAACCUAUGGCUCCGUAUUCCUCCUCAAACUUGGUUCCAAAAAUUUGGUCGUGGUUUCAGACGCUGAGCUUGCUACCCAAGUUCUACACACACAAGGUGUGGAAUUCGGAUCGCGCCCUCGAAACGUUGUUUUCGAUAUUUUUACAGGCAAUGGACAAGACAUGGUGUUCACAGUUUACGGAGAGCAUUGGCGCAAAAUGCGCAGGAUCAUGACACUGCCAUUUUUCACUAACAAAGUGGUGCACCAUUACAGUAAUAUGUGGGAACAAGAGAUGGACCUUGUUGUGGAUGACUUGAAAAGAGAUGAGAAAGUGAGAAGCAAAGGAAUUCUUGUGAGGAGGCGUUUGCAACUCAUGCUAUACAAUAUCAUGUAUAGGAUGAUGUUUGAUGCAAAGUUUGAGUCACAAGAAGACCCUUUGUUCAUUGAAGCAACCAAGUUCAAUUCUGAGAGAAGCCGUUUGGCUCAAAGUUUUGAGUAUAACUAUGGAGAUUUCAUUCCUUUGCUUAGACCCUUCUUAAGAGGGUAUUUGAACAAGUGCAGGGACUUGCAGCAAAGGAGAUUGGCUUUCUUUAACAACUACUAUGUUCAGAAAAGAAGGGAAGUGAUGGCGGCCAAUGGAGAAAAACACAAGAUAACAUGUGCUAUUGAUCACAUAAUUGAUGCUGAGAAGAAGGGAGAGAUAAGUGAAGAGAAUGUACUUUACAUUGUUGAGAACAUUAAUGUUGCAGCGAUAGAGACGACUCUAUGGUCCAUGGAGUGGGCAAUAGCUGAGCUUGUCAACCAUCCUGAAGUUCAACACAAGAUCAGAAAUGAACUCUCGACGGUUCUCAAUGGAAAUCCAGUCAUGGAAUCAAAUCUGCAUCAACUACCAUAUUUACAAGCUACUGUAAAAGAGACACUAAGGUUGCACACCCCAAUUCCCCUGCUGGUUCCCCAUAUGAACCUUGAAGAAGCAAAACUGGGAGGUUUCACCAUUCCUAAGGAAUCUAAAGUUGUAGUCAAUGCAUGGUGGCUAGCCAACAACCCCAAAUGGUGGAAAAAUCCUGAGGAAUUUCGCCCAGAAAGAUUCUUGGAAGAAGAAUCUGCAACGGAUGCUGUUGCUGGUGGGAAAGUGGAUUACAGAUUCUUACCCUUUGGUGUGGGUAGGCGUAGCUGCCCGGGAAUCAUACUGGCAUUACCAAUUCUGGGGAUUGUGAUCGCAAAAUUGGUAUCCAAUUUUGAGAUGAAAACUCCACCAGAGAUGGAGAAGAUUGAUGUGAGUGAGAAAGGAGGACAGUUCAGCUUACACAUUGCAAACCAUUCAACCGUGGUCUUCAAUCCAAUCAAGGCAUGACUUCAGAUGCAAAAAAACGUUAGCUCUAUAUUUACAUAUAUAUUUUAGAAUUUGUACUUUACAGAUAUUUUUUCAUGUUUAUGGUUCAUCAAAAGCUAUUGAAUAAAAUAAGAGUUGGAGAAGAAAAGAUUAACAUUA